GAAGUUUCCUUCUCUGAAUAAUUUCUCCUCCUUAUCUUAAACUGCACCAUCUUAAUUAGUGAAUAAAUCUAUCUACCCUCCAAGAGUAUUCCAACUGAUCCUCCUUCCCCAACAGAAAUUCAAUCAUCUUACCAUGUUCUAUCUCAAUCAAUUCCAGUCCUUUCCACCAGCAUUUAUGAAAACUCUUUGGCUGCUCCUUUUUUUGGGUUUUCUCAUCCAUGUAUCUUGCCUCAAUUUCAGCUAUUCCACAAUGGAAGAUAAUUCUAGGUUGGAUUUCCUGUAUGCAAACGGGUCGGAUUUAGCCGGAGGGGCUCUACAAAUCACACGUGAUUCGAGAAACAGCAAUUUUCCCUCACAAAACCUAUCUGGAAGGGUGGUGUACAAAGACCUCUUCAAGUUAUGGAGAGAAAAUGGAUCUGUUGCAUCUUUCAACACUUCCUUUAUAUUGAAUAUCUUUCCCACAAUGGGGACCGGCGGCGAAGGUUUAGCUUUCAUUCUCACCAACAAUAUGACGCUCCCGAGCAACAGCGAUGGGCAAUGGCUUGGGAUCGUGAACCGAGAAUCAAACGGGUCGUCUAUGAAUCACAUCGUGGCGGUCGAAUUCGAUACUAGGAAGAGCUACAUUGAGGAUGUUGAUGGGAACCAUGUGGGCGUGGAUGUAAACAGCAUAUACUCCAUCAUCCAAAUUCCACUGGGACAAUACAACGUCAAUCUCUCGAGCGGACAAGAUGUUCGAUCGACCAUUAAAUACGACGGUGAAUUGAAAAUCAUGACCGUCUGGGUUUCCAUGCUCAAUGAUACUACUCGCAAUCAGUCGAAUCCAGUGAUUUCCUGGCCCAUCGAUCUGUCGCAGCAUCUCCUUGAGGAGGUCUAUGUAGGGUUCUCAGCUUCCACAGGUGAGUACACGCAGCUAAACUGUAUAAAGUCAUGGAAUUUCAUUAGUAAUGAUAUAGGGAAAGAUGAUGAGAAGCAACUCCUAUGGAUUUUGGUCGUGAUUCCAUUAGCAUUCAUCUUCUGUGGUGGAGUUCUGUGUUACCACAGGCGGAGGGUGAAAAUUGCCAGCAUUGAAAAAAACCACACAGGCCAAAGCUUGGAAUCGAUGCUUACGGAUUCAACAACGGGGGCACGUAGGUUCCAACUCAAGGAGCUCAGAUCUGCAACUGAAAAUUUCGAUGACAAGAACAAGCUUGGGGAAGGAGGAUUCGGGAAGGUCUAUAAAGGGUUCUUGAAAAAGACUAAUGAAAUGGUCGCGGUGAAGAGAAUCUCAAAGGAAUCCGAUCAAGGUGAACAAGAAUUCGUUGCGGAGGUGAUGACAAUCGGCUUCCUCAAUCACAAGAACUUGGUGAGACUCAUUGGGUGGUGUUGUGAGAAAAAAGAGCUUCUUCUUGUUUACGAGUUCUUGCCAAAAGGGAGCUUACAUAAGCUCAUAUUUUCGAAUGAGAGCUCGUCGGAAGAAGAACUUGAAUCGAAUUGGGAAAGAAGGCAUAAGAUAAUUCAUGGGGUUGCUUCUGCUUUGAGUUUUCUCCACGACGGUUGCCGGAGGACGACACUGCAUAGGGAUGUGAAGACUAGCAAUGUGAUGCUUGACUCGGAUUACACUGCUCGAUUGGGAGAUUUCGGUCUGGCGCGAAUGAUACAACAUGAUGGUAUUACACACCAUACAACGAAAGCCGUUGCAGGAACAUGGGGUUAUAUUGCACCAGAGUAUGCUCUCACCAGAAGAGCUAGCAAAGAAACCGAUGUGUAUGGGUUUGGUGUCUUAUGCAUGGUGGUCGCCUGUGGACGACGUCCUGUCUGCGAUCACAACCUUCAAAACCACAACAGCAACGACCACAACAAUGAUGGAGUCAACAUUGAAGUAGAGAACAACAACAACGAUGACGGAGAUGGCGAUGAUGAUGAAAAUGGCAACUACAGCAAUGAUAAUAGUGUCAUUAUCAACAUCAACAACAACAACAACAACAGAGCCGGCAACCACAACAAUGAUAACAUCACCAUCACCGGUGACAUCCACAGCAACAACAACAAUUAUAAUAUUACCAUCAUUGACUCCGGUGACAACCACAGGAACCAUAACGGCUGUAACGACGAUGAUGACGAUGGAGGGGGCAACAACAACAGUGAUGGUGAUGAUAGAAUCAGAAACCCCAAUAACAAUAACAUCAACGUUGCUGAUGGUGAUAACUCCAACAACACGACUAUUGUUGAUUGGCUGUGGGCUUCCUAUGGAAGAGGAAGGGUGUUGGAGGCGGCAGAUCGCCGAUUGCGUGGAAAGUUCGACAAGGAGCAAAUGGGCCAUGUACUUAGGCUGGGGUUGGCAUGUUGCCAUCCAAACCCUAAUGAAAGGCCUUCCAUGAGAGAGGCUGUGCAGGUUCUCACAGGCGAAGCUCUUGCGCCAGAACCACCCAAGGUGAAGCCUGCUUUCAUGUGGCCAGUGCAUUGCGCUCUCGUUCCCUUAGAGGAGAUCUCUACCACUGGUGCUGGCUACGUCGACGGUUAGAGUCUAUGGUGAUCCAGACCGUUCAUCUAGUGAGCCCCACCGCGGAUAGCUUGCAUGGUGAAAACUCAGUUGAUUGGAGGUUCCCAUUGUCCAAAUAGUUGAGUGUGAUGAAAUCUGGACUUUUGCUAGCGACUAACCUUUCUUAUGGAUGAUGAAGAUCUCUGAUCAGUCAAAUCUUAGCCAUGUGGCCUGUUUGCAGUGGGCUCUUCUAGAUGAACGGCCUGGAUAAACACUUAGUGGAUAGAACGGGCCUAUCGAGUAUUUUGUCGAAUAGGAUUGUAGACAUGCAGUUUGUUAGGAAAAUGUCGUGAAGGUAAAUAGCGUGGUAGCAUUGCAGAAUUAUUAGUCAAUGUUAAGCAAGUGUGGUUUGUAUGCAACAGCAUGUAAUAUAAUAUGAUAUAAUAAGGGUUUUUACCUUAAAAUUCGUCGGAGUUAAUUAUAUUCCACGAACGUGCUCUAA